UCCCGCCCACUCCCUGUCGUCCCCGCAGCCCGGGUGAGGUACGGGAACCCGGAAGGGCCGCGCCCACAGCCCCGCCUCCGAUGCGAGUAACGGCUGGAGGCCUGGGGUAGUAUCCCGCAGAUGGACCUGCUAGGCGGCCGGCGAGCAGCAUGCAGGCGCCCUGGGGAAUCGUCGACGCCGAGCGGAGCUGGUACGUCUCUGCAGAGGAGCCCGAAGAGGCGGAGGCGGAAGAGCUGAGUCCGUUGCUAAGCAACGAACUUUACAGACAGGAAUCCCCAGGUGUUUCGUUUGGUUUUUCUGUGUUUAAUUUGAUGAAUGCCAUCAUGGGAAGUGGCAUCCUUGGCUUAGCUUAUGUUAUGGCUCAUACUGGCAUCCUUGGAUUUAGUUUCUUGCUGUUGAUAGUUGCUCUCCUGGCUUCUUACUCAGUUCACCUCCUGCUUAGUAUGUGUAUUCAGACAGCUGUGACAUCUUAUGAAGAUCUUGGCCUCUUUGCAUUUGGAUUACCUGGAAAGGUGAUGGUUGCAGGUACCAUCCUAAUUCAGAAUAUUGGAGCUAUGUCAUCUUAUCUUUUAAUUAUUAAAACAGAGCUUCCUGCUACUAUUUCAGAAUUUUUGUCUGGAGACCAUACUGGGUCUUGGUAUCUUGAUGGACAAACACUACUAAUAAUCAUUUGUGUUGGUAUUGUGUUCCCUCUUGCACUUCUUCCUAAAAUAGGCUUUCUUGGCUACACAAGUAGUUUAUCAUUUUUCUUUAUGGUGUUCUUUGCUCUUGUGAUAGUAAUUAAAAAAUGGUCCAUUCCUUGUCCUCUGCCAUUAAUUUAUGCAGAGCAGUACUUCCAGAUUUCAAAUGCUACAGAUGAUUGUAAACCAAAGCUCUUUCAUUUCUCCAAAGAGAGUGUUUAUGCUAUACCUACCAUGGCUUUUUCAUUUCUCUGCCAUACCUCAAUAUUGCCAAUAUACUGUGAACUUCAAAGCCCUUCAAAGAAAAGAAUGCAAAACGCAACUCAUACAGCAAUUGCUUUAAGUUUUCUCAUUUAUUUUAUAUCUGCACUCUUUGGAUACCUCACUUUUUAUGACAAAGUGGCGUCAGAAUUACUACAAGGCUAUAGCAUAUAUUUGCCCCGUGAUGUUGUCAUCUUGACUGUGAAGUUAUGCAUACUAUUUGCUGUGCUUUUGACAGUCCCUCUAAUCCACUUCCCUGCAAGGAAAGCUUUAAUGAUGAUGUUUUUCUCCAAUUUUCCAUUCUCAUGGAUUUGCCAUUCUUUGAUCACUCUAGCACUCAAUAUUAUCAUUGUUUUACUUGCAUUAUAUGUUCCUGACAUUAGGAAUAUAUUUGGUGUAGUUGGUUCCAGUACAUCAGCAUGUUUGAUUUUUGUGUUCCCAGGACUAUUUUAUCUUAAACUUAGCAGAGAGGAUUUUCUCUCAUGGAAAAAGCUUGGGAAGCUUUUACCUCAGUUUUUUUUUAAGAAAGGGGAGAUGUUAUGAGAAUGAGUUGGCAGGAGAAGAGGAAGUUGAAGAAAUAUCUACAGCCCUUUUUGUAAAAAAGAACAUGGAUCUAGUGAUUGAGGAGAAGCCGAGGGAAAGAGACAGUGAAUGCUAAGCCAGUGGUGGGAGUCUGGAGCCUGUGAGUGAAAGUGGCCAAAGGGUGUUUUACGAACAGAAAUGUCUAAUAUUCAGCUUUAAUUUGCCUGCCUGUGUCUUCCAAAACCAAUAAAAAUGAUACACAAAAAUGCCUUAUGUGUGCUGCAUUGUGUGUAUGCAGACCCUUCCCUGGAGCCACAUGGGACAGAACAAGAAUAAUAGCAUCUGUGCUAGCCAGACGAUCAGGACUCUCAGAAAAGUGGACUUCAAAGCCAGCAAUGACCGGAAAAAAUGCAAGCCACUGCUUCUUCCCAGAGUGCUGGGGAUAUCAGAAGGGCUGUGAGGCCAUCCCCCUAUGAAGAUGUGAUUGAACCGACUAGGCUUCGCUCCCAAAACAAGGCCACUUCAGAUGCCAUCUCAGAAGCACCACAGUGUCAUUUCGUUGACUUAACUUCACUCAUGAUUAGUCUGCAGUUCAUUAGGGAAAUGCCUCUCUUUUAAAGACAAAAGACCAAACCUUCAAAGUGGAUCUCCAGGGUUGGGGCAGCUCUAUGCUCUAACACUUCCCCUUAGAGUCAUCUCCCGGGGUUCUCUAGAACCGAACAUGGUAGUUCAGAGAUGGUCUCUCAGAACUUGCCUUCUAUCAACCUGAGGUGUUUUGUGUUUGGGAUCAGAGCCCCUUCACCAGACUUCUUGUUGGAUGGUAAAAAUAGGAAUCAAAGGGAGUGAGGCCCCUAGGGAAGGGCACUCCCAUGAGGAGAGAGUAAAGACCAUUAUUGUAGUUCCCUGGUUCUCUUACUCAGUUCUCUGUUUAUAUCUGAGAGUUUGAUAUUUUAAAUGAAUGGGAGAUCAUAAGUCUCAUAAAAUAAUAUACCAAUCAUGAGUAAGCCCUUGUGUAUAUGGACCAGGCACCAGGCCAAGCACAUGAUCACGUGUCAUCUGAAAUAGGUACAGUUAUAUUCCCCUACUUAAUAGAUUAGAAAUUAAAGUUUAGAGGAGGGCAGCCUGGGUGGCUCAGCGAUUUAGCACUGCCUUCAGCCCAGGGCCUGA